ACUUCUAGAUUCUCAACCAACUCAAACUCCUCUAAACUUACUUGCAGCCUUAAAGAAAAAUGGCAUCCAAAGUCAUGAAUAUAAUGGCUCUAGUCUUAGUUUUGGUACCCCUGUUUUUGAAUGAAGCCAAAGCUCAAUCAAAUUGCAUGACUACACUUGUUGGAUUGGCCCCAUGUAUGAAUUUUGUUACUGGAAAUUCAUCCAAUCCAUCUGCAACUUGCUGUACCGCCCUGUCCGGUGUUGUCCAGUCCAAUCCUCAAUGCCUUUGCUCUUUGCUUAAUGGUGGUGGUUCUGGUCUUGGGGUUGCCAUAAAUCAAACUCUUGCUUUAGCUUUACCUGGUGCCUGUAAUGUACAAACUCCUCCAGUCAGCCAGUGCAAUGCUGCCAGUGGAUCAACUGGUUCAGUCCCAGCAAGUUCACCUUCAGGUUCCCCUGCCCCAACGGGUUCAUCUGAUGAAACACCUGAAAUCCCAGCAACUCCAUCAGGAUCAGGUUCAACAGGAUCUAAGACAGACACUUCAAGAAAUGGAUCCUCAAAUGCAGGAAGCCACAUGAAAAUGUCUUUCAGUUUAAUGGGAUUCCUACUCUUCAUUGCAUCUAGUGCUUUGGCUAAACUCGCUUUGUAGUUUUCUAUGUCUCCUUCUUAGCUGUAGGAGAGUCACCUUUUUGCUCUUGAAACAUUGUUAUUGUGAAUCUUUUAUUUCACCCCUUUUUGGGGUCUAGUAUGAUUGAUUGUAAUUGUUCGGAGAGCUCGUUGUACCAUCAUUUGUUUUAAAUAAUAAUAAUCAUCUUUUUUAUCA